AUGAGAGCAGAACUCAGCUUCCUUCAGACGAACCUAAACCACUGCGCCGGGGCUCAAGACCUACUGCUGCAGUCCAUGGCGGAGUGGGAGAUCGACCUGGCUGUGACCUGCGAGCCCUAUUACGUCCCUCCCCUACCUUAUUGGGCAGGCGACUUGGACGGCACCGUGGCGGUCCUCACACGACACUCGCAACGGAACAGAGCUGCGGUGGCCAGGCAGUCGCCGAAUCCUAUUCUGGUUCUCAGCGACUUAAACGCGAAGUCACGCGCCUGGGGCAAUCCCGCCAUGAAUCUGCGAGGAAGGGCUGUCCAAGUGUGGGCGCUACUCUCCGGCCUGUCCCUACUGAACAAGGGGCAGGCUCACACCUGCGUGCGCCAUAACGGGGUGUCCGUGGUGGACGUCUCCUUCGCCACCCUUGUCGUAGCACGCAGAGUGUCGGAAUGGAGGGUAGAGGAAGAGGUGGAGACUCUGUCGGACCACCCGGGACGGAGGGAGGGUACUAGCGUGGAAGAGCUGGCGGGCCGCAUGAGCCGAGCCCUCAAAGAGGUCUGCGAUGUGGCCAUGCCGAGGACCCGACGCAGAGCCCAGCGCCGGCAUGUGUAUUGGUGGUCGCCCAAAAUAGCCGAGCUUCGGGCGACGUGCAAUCAGGCGCGGCUGGCCUACGUCCGCUGUCGAAGACGCAACGGCCUCGAUGUGGACCUGGAGGGACAGCUUUUGGCCGCUUACUGCCAGCUAAAAAAGGACUUUGGGGAGGGUGCCCGUAUGUCCGAAGUUGGAACAACUUUGACCGUGGACUGA